UUGCGAGGAGAAAGAAGACCACAAUGGAGAAAGAUUUGUGAAAUCUAUUUAAACCUUCCUCUGCCUCAUUCCCACACAAUUGCUAUUUCAGCGGUGUGAAUCAUCUCUCCGCCUCUUUCAUCUCCACAGCCUCAACAUGUCUUUUGCAACGCAACCCAGUCCUCGAUCGAUGACUUCGAAUAGUCCUCAUCCUUUCGAUCCCGUCACCCCUCAAGAAAUCCGGCUAGCUGUGCGAGUGCUGGAGAAUGCCUUCUCUGAAGUCAAGCUUCGUUAUAACCGAAUUGAUAUCCACGAACCCAUCAAACAUGAGGUCCUCCCAUACAUUGAAGCUGAACGUCUAAGAAAGCCUCUACCGCGCAAGCCCACGCGCCUCCUAUACUCAUACUUCCAUCGUCUCGACACUCUAGAGUGCUGCAAGGCUCUUAUCAAUGCUGAAACCGCAUCGAUUAUCUCCACCAAAGUCCUUCCAAAGACUGUUCAGCCUCCUGUCGAUAUCGAUGAACUUGCUGUGAUCGAAGAAGUCUGCAUGAAACACCCGGCCGUGCAAGCAGAGAUCGCUAAACUCAACCUGCCCCCGGGAAUGGCAGUGUGCAAUGAUCCAUGGAUGUACGGUACCGAAGACCAGAACGAGACACGCCGUAUGUUUCAAUGCUUCAUGUACAUGAUGGAAGUCGACCACCCUCAGAACAAUCACUACUCUCUGCCAUGCAAGUUCUCACCCGUUUUCGACGCUUUCACCCAUGAAUUGAUUCGUAUGGAUUACCUGCCGGGCGGCGAUGACCACUCCUUCGUCGAGACCGAGGCUUGGAAGCCUGUUAAGGCUGUGCAAUAUGCUCACGACCUCCUUGAUGAGCCUGUACGCACAGAUCUCAAACCAUAUAUUGUCCAGCAACCAGAGGGUCCAUCUUUUAGCGUGGACGGCAACUUUGUCUACUGGCAAAAGUGGCGUUUCAGGAUCGGCUUCAAUAACCGGGAGGGUAUGGUCCUGUAUAAUGUUACGUAUGAUAAUCGCAGUAUAUUCUACCGUCUUUCGGUUUCCGAGAUGACAGUGCCUUAUGGAGACCCUCGGGCGCCUUACCACCGCAAGCAAGCCUUCGAUGUUGGAGACGUUGGUUUUGGCCUCAAUGCGAAUCAGCUCUCGCUGGGCUGCGACUGUCUGGGCCAUAUCAAGUAUUUUGAUGGCUACCGCGCGGACGCUAAAGGAAACCCGGUCCUGCUGAAGAACGUUAUCUGCAUGCACGAACAGGACAACGGUAUUCAACACAAACACACUAAUUACAGAACCAACGCAGCAACAGUCGUCCGCAACCGUCAGCUGGUCAUGCAGAUGAUCUGUACUGUUGCUAAUUACGAAUAUAUCUUCGCCUACAUUUUUGAUCAGGCGGCCAACGUCGAACUUGAAGUUCGUGCUACCGGUAUUCUCUCCACGGUACCUUUCGACAAUGAGGAUGGUAAGACCGUCAGAUGGGGUACAAAUGUUGGCCCCGGCGUUAUGGCUCCUUACCAUCAGCACAUGUUCUCAUUCCGGAUUGACCCCGCCCUCGAUGGUCCCAAGAACACCGUCUACUAUGAGGACAGUGUUCCUCUUCCCGAGGAUGACAAGAACCCCUACCUAGUAGGUUACACCACCAAGCAGACGAUCAUGAACAGGUCUAGCGCCGCAGACCUCGAUAUCAGUCGGAGCCGGGUCUUCAAGAUUCGUAACGACAAUAGCAUUAACCCCAUCACCUACAAACCGGUUGCAUACAAACUCCACGCCGCGCCCAGCCAAAUGCUUAUCCAGGGCAAGAACUCGAUCGGAUACCAGCGGGCUGAGUUCGCUACGCGCCCAAUUUGGGUCACUAAGUAUCAGGACGAAGAACUUUACGCUGCAGGCGAGUUUACGAACCAAAGCCACCGCGCAGAUGGUGUUGAGACAUGGGUCAAGAGAAAUGAUCCCACCGAGGAUGAGGAUGUGGUUCUCUGGCAUACAUUUGGACUAACCCACAACCCUCGCAUUGAGGACUUCCCCGUUAUGCCCAUGGAACGUAUCAGCGUCAUGCUCCGCCCGGAUGGCUUUUUCACCAAGAACCCGGCUGUUGAUGUACCGCAGUCAUCUCAGGCCUUCAACAAGUCGACUCUCCAUCCGGAAGCAGCGGCAGUGGCGUCUUGCUGUUCUGGCGCGGGUGGCAGCAAGGCGAGACUGUACAAACGUAUUGAUUGAGAAAUGGCCCGUUCGAUCCAAAUGUUUCUAGGCAUCACGUGAGUACUGUUGUAUGAUUUAUGACUAUAUAUACUGCCGAUAGGCAGUUUUAGCAAUAUAAAU